AUUGAUUGACUCAUUCUCAGCAUCGGUCCGUUCCACGAUCUACUUGGACAGGAUCUGUUCUGUAGGCUCGUACCUCUGUGUCUUGAGUUCUAAAGCAUCGAAACUGUACGGAGAGGUAAAUGGCUGGCGAGGAACAGAAUACUCAGCAGCCUACAGGAGGCAAAGGAGCCCGUUUUCAUGCCAAAAAACAGAUCAUUUCCAAGGGGGAACUCCCUAAACAAGAAGGAGCUGGAGGGAUUAGUUUUCGCGAAGACGUGAAGACUAUAAAUAAACCAGGACCAUCUGUUCCCUCUAAAAAACGGAAUCGAGGAUGUCCUAGCUCGGGACUACCCGAACAGGAUAGGGAAAUUGAUGACUUCACUAGCUUCAGUAUGGAGAUGAAGCCAAUGGUUGGUUGCAUUGAAAUGGAUGACUCAACUAGCUUCAGUACUGAGAUGAAGCCAAUGGAUGAUUUCAUUGAAAUGGAUGACUUAACUAGCUUCAGCAUUGAGAUGAAGCCAAUGGAUGAUUUUAUUGAAAUGGAUGACUUCACUAGCUUAAGAACUGAGAUGAUGCCAAUGGAUGAUUUCAUUGAAAUGGAUGACUUCACUAGCUUCGGUACCGAGAAGGUGCAAUCGGAGGAUUUUAAUGAUCAAUCAAGUUUAGUUAAUCAAUAUUAUUCCUUGAACAAAUUAGAAAAUAAGAUAAUUAAAUUAAAUAAAGAUCAUAGUAAUUAAGGAAUGCAUAUUCUUAAGUUGAACCAGUUUUCUUAUCGUCAGUUGGAAGAGGGUCCUUCCUAUACUUACCAUAAGAAAAUGGUAUGAACUUGAGAAUAUGCCUUUCUCAGUUGUUGUGCUCUUUAUUUAACUUAAUAAUCUUAUUUUUUUAAAUUUGAUCAAGAAAUAAUUAUUGAUUUCAAUGAAACAAAACUUAAGUUUAUUAAUACUAAUUAGGAAUGUCUACCUUCUAUAAUUAUUGGUAUUUUGGAAUUAUCUUUCGAGAAUCUUUUUUUACAAUCAAAACUACACUAAACUGUAAAAUAAGGACCAUUAGAUGGAAAAUGGCCAUGGCUCCUAAUAUGAAAGGGAACUUUGUGUGUGAUGUUUUUCUUAAAAUCUUGUUCUACAACAUAUGAGGUGUGUAGAUCUUUAAGCGUGAUUGGCAUGUGUGAGACGCUCACUUGAUGUGUUAUCAAUGAGUUUGAGCACAGCAACUAGGUUGCUUUUAUUUUGUUGGGUUUUUUUAAUGUAUUUCGGUGUAAAUCCUAAUCCAUGAGAUGUGAAUAGGCUGAAUUUUAUGCGUGUAUAAUCUGUAAAUGUUAUAUGGCUCGGUAUUUACUUGA